UCGAAUGGUGAUACGGCGAUAUUUGUUGGUAACGCAUUCUCGUGGUAUUCCAUUGAAAUUCCUUUUGUUGGUUCAUCGUGUCAAAGUCAUUUACAGUAUACUCUCUCGCAGUUUGCAUUGUGGCGUGUAUUGAGAUGAGCAAUAACACGGCCAGGAAAAAUUUCUUUUGUUGUAAAUUGCAUGAAUAUUGAUUUUAAACGUCAAAAACGUCCGAAUCGGUAAUCGGGAUACGGGAAUCGAGGAAAAAUCAAGAGAAAAAAUGUUGCAAUAAAUGAAAAUUAUCGCCAAUUUGUUCGUGUUGAGGGUCAUUCACUCAAUCCAUCCGUAGUCCACACGAAGGAGAAAAAUUCCAUUCAAUAAGUCAAAUCCGUAAAUUCCUCAACCAAAAAGGUGAAUCAACGCGAAAAGUGUGAAAAAAAGAGUAUUAUAUCCAAAUGUAUUUGAGAAUGCCCGUGUGAAGUUGAGAAACUGUGUGUUUGGUGAAGUGAAGUUGGUCCGUGUAGGUGUAUGCGUAUACACGCUCUCUUGAAUAAACCAUUCUGUGUGUUGAUUACACAUGCUUACUAAUACCAUAAAAAGUUAAACAAGAGAAGCAAAAAAAAAUAAUAAUAAUAAUAAUUCAUUACUCUCUGUGAAUCAGUUCAAAUAGUUCGGUCAUCCUUAUUCAUCAAAAAGUAAUAGAAAUAAUUAUCAUUGUAAUAUCAACCACAACAACAACAACAAAGAGCAAAGAGGCAAAUCUGUGUGUUUAAUUAAACGAAGAAAAAUCAAGUUUUUAAAUUAAUUGUACGCACACAGCGAUACACAUGCCAAGACAAUUGACAAUAUUACAAUCGGACUAGAUUUGAAAAGAUUCAAUCUAAAGGUGAAAAUUUCGAAAGUGUUUGAAUCGUCGAAAACAAAACAAAAACCGAAAAAUAAUUGCAUUGACCAAAGUAAGUGAGAAUAAAUUGGCUGGAAAGGAAAUACGACACAGAAAUGGCUUCCGCGGAGGGAACCGAUUCAAUAGAAUCGGAAUCAGUUUUUUCGAGCAAAAACCGGGACAUUCAUUCGAGUACAUUGAAAUCGACGAGCGGUACCGAUGAUGAUAAAGACAAAACGGAAAGCGGAGAUGCGGCUACAACUCUAGAGUUAAAUGGUGAUCAAAAUGCGGCAGCUGGACGCGUUGCAAACAAUGUUGGCCGCUACAAAUACGAUCGCGAGCGGAAAUUGGGCCAUCGGAGAGUUGGUGACGGUGGCGAGAUUACAUACAAGAAAAUUCAGUCGACACAUAUUAUGGGAUCCAUUCAGCUAGGAAUUCAACAUACUGUUGGUAGUUUAGCAUCAAAACCAAAACGUGACCUGUUAAUGAUCGAUUUUUACGAGUUGGAAACCAUAUCAUUCCCACCAGAAGGUUCAUCGCUAACGCCUGCGCACCACUAUGCCGAGUUUAGAUUCAAGAUCUUUGCUCCCAUUGCAUUUAGAUACUUUCGUGGAUUGUUCGGCAUCCAACCGGACGAUUUUAUGAUGUCAAUGUGUUCAGCAUCGUUGCGAGAACUGUCGAACCCUGGUGCAUCUGGUUCAAUAUUUUACUUAACCGAUGACGAUGAGUUCAUCAUUAAAACCGUACAACACAAAGAGGGUGAAUUCUUACAAAAACUAUUGCCCGGCUACUACAUGAAUCUAAAUCAAAAUCCACGUACACUUCUACCAAAAUUCUUCGGCUUAUAUUGUUUUCAGUGCAAUAGCAAAAAUGUCCGUUUAGUUGUAAUGAACAAUUUGUUGCCAUCAUACGUAAAACUACACCUGAAAUACGAUCUGAAGGGUUCCACAUACAAUCGAAAGGCUAAUAAACAAGAACGGAGCAAAUCAUCGCCCACAUACAAAGAUUUAGAUUUCAUGGAACAACAUCCGAACGGUAUAUUCCUCGAAUCGGAUACGUACAAUGCACUGGUGAAGACGAUACAACGUGAUUGUCGUGUACUGGAAUCAUUCAAAAUUAUGGACUACUCAUUGCUGGUUGGUGUACAUAAUUUAGAUUUAGCAAUUAAAGAAAAACAGGAAGAAAAGAAUCGACCACCGCCCGUGGUGGCCGACGUAAGAGCCAUGUCACAAGAGGAUGAAUCCGAUUUGGAGGAUGCGCCGGAAGCCGAUCAAUUCAUUGCACACGAACGUAUUCAGGAGAGCCGGGAAAGACAUGGUGCCGCAGCUGCGGCUGCAAUAGCAUUAAAUCGAAGCAAAUCGAUCAAUCGCCAGCGACUGGUCGCACAUUCAACUGCAAUGGAAAGCAUACAGGCCGACAGUGAACCGAUCGAUGUUCAAGAUGAUGUACCACCUGGCGGAAUUCCAGCGCGCAGUGAGAAAGGCGAACGAUUGCUACUAUUCAUCGGUAUAAUUGAUAUAUUGCAAUCCUACCGUUUGAAGAAAAAACUAGAGCAUACAUUCAAAAGUAUUAUUCAUGAUGGGAAAACGGUAUCCGUGUGUCGACCAUCAUUCUACGCUCAGCGAUUUCAGGAUUUCAUGGCCAACACAGUUUUUAAGAAAAUUCCAUCGCCUCUCAAACAUUCGCCAUCCAAAAGAAAAAGUCUUUCGAAAGCCGCCCAGCGUUCCACAGAAAAUGAAUCAGAAACCCAUCCUGUGGCUGGAACAUCUCACCAUCACCAUCAUCAUCAUGCAACCAGUUCCAUUUCGAAACCGGGUACAGCACCUUCAUGUUGUUCCACUCCACCACCCGCUUUUGAUGACAUUUCUGAAGGUAGCAGUAGCCAUCAUCGGCACAGUGACGAUCGUGGAAAUGAUCGUCGAUUUCAAAUGAGCGGCUCCACCACACGAAGCACAACCUAUCGCGAAGACACCGUUAGCAUAUCAGAGAUUAGAUUAGAUCCACACUUGGCCGUUGGCGACAGUGGUAGUCAGUAUGGAUCGCGUGGAGCUCUGGCAUGGACACCGCCCACAUCAAAUGAAGGAUCAACACCGACGUGGACGGAGGGUACGCCAAGUUUUACGGAAUCUAGCUCAAGCGGUGAUAUGGCAUUUUCAGGUAAUUCAUCACCAUUAAACACAUACACAUCUGCGUCGGAUCGUCACAAACCAUCUGUUGAAGAAUCACUGAAUGCACUAACAUCGGAAAUGAAGAUUUCGACUAUUGCUACUGCCACCAAUAGUAAAACCACACAACAAACCAAUUUAUGUCAACCUCCUCCUCCUUCUUCUUCUGCUUCAACAAUCAGUUCAUUUUUUAAAUUUCCGUCCAAUAUUUUCGAAUGGUUUACAGCCACCCCAUCAGCCCAAAGCGUGAACGAAAAGCCUUAAAUCAAAACAAUAACAAAUAAAAAAAACUCAUUCAAGAAAUCGACUUCUAUCAACCGAAUCCCCAUAUGUUUAUGUCAACAUACACACACACACACACACACAGAAAACCAAUCAAAGGUGUUUUCCGCCCAGAUUACUCAAGUGCAUUCUGGAAAUGGAUUGGAAUGGAAUUGAGAAAUCGAAUACUAACCAAAUUAAAAGAGCAAACGAACAAUUCUGAAUUAUCAAAUGGAAAUUAGGAAUAUUUAACGAACAAUUUGUUUAAUAUGUUUUCUUUCGUUAAAUCUUUUCCGUCUAAUUGUUAUUUUUUUCGUCAUCUCGGAUAUUGAUAAUUUUUGUAAUUUAUUUCGUGUCGCAUGCAAUUUAUUUAAAAUAUAUGGUGAACUUUCCCGUUGAAAGUAGUGUUUUUAGAGCAAAGAACCAAAAACAAAACAUUCAUUAAUUCUAUUUUUUGCUUGAUCUAUUCGGUAUUUAAUUCAUACUAUUGCUGCGGUUAAUGAAACAAAAAUUUGUUCUCUUUUUUCUGAUUUCAUGCUGCAUAUCAUUCAAAUCCUCCCCAUAAAAUCGAACGCUUUCACAACAUGGAACACAAUUUUUUUUCUUUCAAAAACCAAAACCAAAAUUGAAUAAAUUUGGAUUUUAAAAAAAUAAAUGAAAAUUUAUAGCAAAAUCUACGAUGUCAAGUCGAUUAUGAUUACGAUUAAAAAUUGACAGGGAGAAAAGCAAAAAAAAAAGAACAACAAAAAGAAUAGAAGAUGAACAACAACAAAUCUGAUCAAAUCAAAGUCCAUAUUGGGAGAAAUAAGUAAAACCAAAUCGAUUGAUUCCGCUUGCCGUGCGACAAUGCAAAAAAUGUUACAUGAAAAUCACUGAACAAUGUCCACCGUUUUUAUGGGCCUUUGUGUAUUACUUAGACGAUAAACAAGAAGAAAAAAAAAUUAACAAAAAAAAAUUAACAAAAAAAAACUUUCGAAAUGCUAUAUUUCUGAGUGUUCCGUAAAAAGUUCAAUUUCAAAAAACCCAUGUCACAAGCAUAUAUAUAUAAAUUAAUAUGAUAUAUCUAGCGUUUUUUUAAAUGUCUCCGACUGGAUCAUCAAAGUUAUAUAUAUAUAUAUAUAAAAAUAUAAGAAAUUGACAUUUAUAAAAAAGCGCUAGCACUUUUUGCAAAGAACAUAUUGCUCUAAAGCUCAGCAUCGAAUAGCAGUCGUUGUGGUCGUUUUGUAAAUGUGCAGCACACAACAGCCAAAGUGGAAAACAUUGGAUGAGCUAGUUAUGUCAAUCAAAAUAGAAAAACGUGGCUCGUCUUUUUCUCGCGUGUACUUCUUAAAAAUAUGUACCUAAUUUUCGACUUAGUUUAAACACACACACACACACGAAAUCUAUCGAUUUUAUUAUUGUAGAAAUGCAAGCCAGGACAAGUGUAGUCUCUUCCUCUCUCUCUCUCUCUCUUUUGUUCUCUUCAUAGUGACAUCGCCAUAGUCGACGUAAAACGGCCUUCUCCAAUCAAAACAGAAACAAAAUUGACGAUUGAGAGCGAGAGACAGAGAGACUUUCAAUUGUAAAUGGUAUCGGCUAAUAAUGUGCUAUAAUUUACAAAACGAAUACAACGAACGUUGUUCAAUAGGGACUUUGAUUUUUCGUAGGAUUUAAUUUAAAUAAAUUAAAUGAUAUUACAAAUGAUAACAUUCACAAAUCUAAACAUGAAUUUUUUGCUUAAUGCCUUGUGUUGAUGAAGAAUAUUUCUAUCGAUGUGAAAACACGAUUCAGUUUGUGAACAGCUAUAACUUGUUGAACCAAUUAGAAAAUAAAACAAAUGAAUGUUCUCAUUUUGGCAAAUUGGCAUUUGGCUAAUGCAACUGUUCAAAUAUUCGGUGCUUUCGAGCAUGUCAUUUAUUGUCGUUGAAGCGCGAAAACAAAUCAAAAUUUUCACACAUACAACUCAACAACAGAAAAAAAACAAACGAUUCUUGCUUUGACUGCGCAGCUCAUCUAAGCUUUUCUUUUUAUUAAUUUGGCCUGCAAUUUAGUUCAGUUCUUUUGCGUUUUUCUUUCUCUUUAUCUCUCUCUAUCUCUCCACUACUCAUAUACGCUAUGAAUGAUAAAUAAUCAUUUUGUGAUACAUCUGAUUUAAGUAUUAUAUGCAAAAGAAAUUCACCAGUCAUGCAAUACCGAACAAACAAAAACUAAAAAAUGAUCUGAACGUUGAGAGAUCUGUUUAUUUCUUCCAAAAUUGACGAACGCCAUACUAUGCAGUCAUUCUAAUCAUAUGUUGUUAAAAUUACGCGUUUAUUCGUAUGUUUUAUUUUGUGAAAAUGAGCGAUGAAAAAUUUAUGAGGUGCUCAAUAGAAAACGUGAUUUUGCUGUUUCGUUUCCAUAAAUUAUCCGUUUAGCAACCGUAUUCCACAGCCAAAAAAAGUAAAUGGAAAUGAAAAGAUAUCAACAUACAUAAAAUUAUAGUGGAGAAGAGCGAAGAAUUGGGUUCAUGCCUUUUUUGCUUUUUGAUUUUUCUUCACAUGAAAUUAUUACCAUCGUAACAUAAUCAUGAAUGUGGAUUCAUCGACAAUAUUUAAAAAAUAAAUAUGGCAAAUCGCGCAACAGCACCUCGAUCGCAAAACAUGUAAAUAAUGUAAAUUUAUUAAAUGGAACAGAUUUCUGUUCGUGUUUUUUGUUCUUCAUUUUUUUUCCUUACAAAAUGCAAAUGUUCAAAACAUAUAAAAAGGACGGAAACAAGUUGGUAUAGCUAAAAAGAAAAAUUACUAAUACAAACAUAAGUUAUACAUAUACUAUUAUGCAUAAUAUUAAAUUUAAAUGAUCGCAUUUUGUUUUUUGUUUUUUCUUUGGAAUUUUGCAAUUGGCGCUAGAUAAAUGUUUAGCAUAAAAUUCAAUCUAUGUACUAUAAUGGCAAACUGUCAAUCUAGAUAAAAUAUAUACAUUUAGAUAACAAAGAAAAGUGUAUUAAUUUCGAUGGGAGACGGCCGCCGACCGGAAAUAUAUUCACGGAGCAAAUUGUGCUCUUGAUUUUUGAUUGAACUGUGCGUAUUCGAUUCGGUUUAAAGUGGAGAGUAUUCUUCAUUUAAUCAAACUAACCAAAAAAAAAGAACAAUCGUCAUACUGAAUCGAUCCGAUUUACAUAUAUUCAAAAUCGUUGUUCAAUUCUUGUGUUCAAAUCAAGUGCUCUAUUUUGUUGCAAUAUAAAAGAGAAAGAUGUACUUCGAUGCAGUUUAUUUUUUUGUUUUCAAAAAAAAAGCACCAAAUUAACAAUGAAGACCAGAAGUCAGGGCCCCAAAUUGCGUACAUACUGCUAUAAGUUUGGUUGAAUCAAACUUGGCCAUCUAUGCAAAAAUUCAAAGCAAUAUUUGCUUCUAGUUUGAGAGCAUUCUGUGCGUUUGAUGGCACAACUCUGUCAAAAGAAAUGAUUGCGUUGAAAAAGCACGAAAACUAAACAAAUCCAUACAAAAUACAAACCAAAAAAAAAAACAAAGAAUAACCGCAACAGCAACAAUUGUAUAUUAAAAUGUACAAAACAAAUAAAGUGAAUAUUUUGAAAGUAGAUUAAAGUUUAAAAAAGUGAAGAAGAAGAAGAAGAAGAAUUUCUCUUCAAACAAAUUCAAAUUGCAAAACACAUACUUGGCAAAGCAAAACGUAUGCAAAGAAAUAUGGAGAUAGAAGAAAUAAUCGUAAAGCGAUGAACUGUUAAAGUGAUAUAAGUCCAAAAUAUAUUUAAAUGAAAUAAAAGAAAAAGUUCUAAAUGGUAAGAGCAUAACCGCAACAUGUAACAUAAGAUUAAAAAUUGUUAAUUUGAACCUCGAAUUAGACGUUACAAUUUUAUUAUUUAAAAAAACUUCGCUCAUGUCUGCACACCUUUUGAUGCGAAUGCCGUUGAUGUCGUGGCUUUAAUUGCAAUUUUGGUGCCAAAUUUAUUGUUCAAAGAUCUCAUGUAAAUUGGUGCAUGCAUCCACAAUCAUAUGUCGCAGUGCAAUCACCACAUUAUAAAACGCAACGUUUUUAUCACAAAGUUUUUCUUGUGUCAAACUGAUCAAUUUCACAGUGCGACGCUUUAAACACACAACAUAUAUUUGCGGGGAGAAAUAAAACCUGAUUUUUUGCCCCACAGUCGAAUAUCAUAACACCCGCAUCAAAUCGAGCAUUGAUUUCUCGAUGAGCGUAGAACCUUAUUAUAUAAAACAAUCGCAAAAAAAACACCCACAUUUAAAUUCAAUCCUAAAAUAAACAUUGAUUUUCUUUCUAUUUCAAACUGUUGCAUUGAAUUCGAAAUGAUCAAAACUUUGUUCUACCUCACAACCAAUUACAAGUAAAUUCAGUCUUUUUCAGUUAAAAAUUGAACAAAUUCUUACAUUUCGGAAAUCACUUCGACAACAUGUAUUUCGGCUAAAAGUCAAAGCACCAAAAUAAAAAUCAUAGUCCUUCCUUCCCCGUCUACAUUGUUUAUGCUCGUUGUUGAUUUCACUCCUCUGAACAACUCGUUUCGACAAUAUUUUCCUUCAUCCACUACCUGUUCUGGACCGGCGAGUUUCGUUCGUUGUCGGAAAUGUUGAAUAAAAAAUAAAAACCAAAAAUAAAAACAUUUCGAUCAUUUGUCCGUUACUUUCGAAAGCAAACAAUUUUUUUUACCAUUAAAAUGUUGCGAAACUAUCGAAUCUUCUAAAAACAAAAACACACACACACAAUAUGAAUUCCGACAUAUCUCACAAUCAGUAACUCUAAAAUUACAAAAUAAUAUGGACAUAAGUUAAAGAUCUAAGAAAUAUUCGGGUAGAACAUAAAUAUGUUUGAUUAUUACAGACGAAAUUGUUGAUUUUUCGAUGUUAUUUGUUGAUAAAAAAAAUGGAAGAUUAAAAAAAAAUAUGGAGAAAAAAACAAAAUGAAUCAUUUUGAUCGAAGUAAUAAAAUGCCACAAUUCUAAUGAAAUUAAAAAACGAAAUAAAUCACGUAGAUAGACAUAACUUAAGUAACAAUAAAAGAAAAUUGAAAUGAAUUCAAAGAGAUUGAGUUUUUAGUGGGUCAGAAUAGAAGUUUUUGUUCAAUUUUAUUUUCCACCCAUUCCCCUGAAGGGGAAGAAUGGUGUGGAACAUGGAAACAAGACUAUCAUCCCUCAAUCAUUCUGUUUUGCUCAACGCCAAUUUUAAUUAACAUUUGUUAUUGUUUUUUUUUUAUCUUGCGAUUUUCACCAUCAUCCGCUGUUACGCCGUUUUCAUUUUCACUUUUGAUUUGCACACAUCAAAUCAUACUGAACUAUUGUGUCAAAUGUCUGACAGGUGAACAAAAUAAGAAAAAAAUAAAGCAGACAACAAAAUAUACAAAUAAUAAUCCAAUAUCGAUUUUGCAUUUUACUGAGUAAAUGAGCAAAGUAAAAAAGAAAACCACAUAAUAUUACAAACUGGACCGGUCUUAACUCCAAACAAAACCAUUCAAUCAAAUGAUUAUUGUGCAGGAGAUAUCAAUUACGGCUUCGAUUUGGCUGCAGCACACAAUUUUCGCUGGCUCUGAGAACGCGGCGCGCAUUGUGUUCAGCCAAUCAAAUGCCAGACGAUAAGUACUAAGCGUAAAAUAACCAAUCACCGACAAAAUAAAGGCAUAGAAGUUACAAAUAGAAACCCAUCAAAAAUGACAAAGAAAAAAUGAAAAACAGAAACAAUAUAAAACAUGAGAUAUACACAAACAUUUGAAGAAAAAAAAUACAACAUCAAACAGCAACCAAAAAACAAAAUAUAUUAACAGUAGUUAAAACAAUUAAUUGAAUGAAAUGAAGAGAAGAGAAAACAAAAACAAAAACAAAAACAA